GAGAGACGGAAGAGGCACCCAGGUCAAGAGAAAUAGGCCAAAGCAAGUAAAGUAGCUAUAGCCUUGAUCACCAGCUAGGACACAUGGAGUGCGGCCAAUGCAACGUGUACCUUGUUGUCCCGCGGGGCGCGCGCACCGUGGAGUGCCCGCACUGCCGCAGGGUGACGCGCGUAGAGCGGCGCGGCGCCGUCGGCAUGGUCAUGAACGUGUUCGGCAGAAUGGGCGGCGGCGGCGCGAGGCCGGCCGCGCCGCCGAGGAUACGGGAGGCGGGCUACCCCAGAGUCCACGGCGACAAGCGCGCCCUCCUGGUCGGCAUCAAGUACACGGACACGGAUCUGCCUGAGCUGAGCGGCCCCAUCAACGACGUCAAGGGAAUGACCUUCCUGCUCACUCAGAAGUACGGCUUCCCAAGACAGUCCAUCCUCGUCCUUACCGAUGAGGAGGAGGACCUGUACAGGAGGCCAACAAAGUCCAACAUCCUGCUGGCGAUGCGGUGGCUGGUGCAUGGCUGCAGCUCGGGGGACUCCCUCGUGUUCCACUUCUCCGGCCAUGGCGGCCAGGUGGAGGACGAAGACGGCGACGAGCUGGACGGCAAAGACGAGCUCAUCUGCCCACUCGACUCGGACCCGGAAGACUACAGCCACGACAUCCGGGACGACGAGAUCAACGAGGCCCUGGUCCGCCCGCUCGUGCACGGCGUCAAGCUCCACGCCAUCAUCGACGCCUGCCACAGCGGCACGGUCCUCGAUCUUCCGAACCUUUGCAGGAUCAAAAAGAACGGGCAGCCUGAAUGGAAGGACAACCGCCCUCCCACGGGCGCCUGGAAGCACACGAGUGGCGGAACGGCGAUCCUCAUCAGCGGCUGCGCCGACACGCAGUUUUCGGUGGAAGGGGACGUCGGCGGUGAGCAGCCGGUGGGCAUGGGAGCCCUGACGUACAGCUUCUUCACGGCGGCCCUGUUCGCGCAGCAGACGCCCACCUACGCCCAGCUGCUCACCACGAUCAAGACCAUCAUCCGCGAGCGCAACGGUGAUAGCCGGGUCAACUGCAACCUCCCCGCGCCCAUCUGCUCGCUCGUCCGACAGGUGGUCAACUUCAGCGGAGUGCAGGAGCCGCAGCUGUCUUCGUCCGAGAAGUUCGACAUCAAUCAGACCAAAUUUGUGAUGUAAUAAAGCUACCCCAGCUGCGGCUUAAUAAUGCCAGUGCUGCCACAUGUGACUCAAGUUGACCCUAGUAGUUCAACUAUAAAUAACGAGGGCCAAUCCCUCGUCCCGAACCUGCAUGUCGUGGCAAACACGAAGCCUAGUGAACUUACGGACGAGAGAAACAACCAUAACUCAUAACUCGGGUGGUCAGCCAGCCAGGUGUGCUGGCAGCCCACUAGAGUUCGAUCCUCGAAGGUCGCAAUUCAGUGUCUCAUUUUGUAAAAAUUAUAUAUCUAUAUACUGUCGGACUGCAAUCGCGCAGCUCUUAUA